AUGAGGUAUUUAUUUUAUUAAAAUCUUUAUAAUUUCAUCAAAGAAACCAAAUUUGUGUAUAUAAGUAAUAAGGAAUAAUAGUGUUUAAGUAUUUAAACUAAUUAAAAUAAUUAGAUGGCUAAAGCUAUAAAGAUUAUGCAUUAUAGAUAACUUAUUUAUCAAGACAUGAAACCAAAGUACUAUGUGAUAGUUGGAUAUUGUGUGAAAUUGAUAGCUUUUUGAAGUCGUAAAAAAAAAAGAAUAUUGAUUUCUAUAAAAUUCAAAAUGUUAGAAGAUUAAUAUUUGAAACCCCAGAAAUUUAAAAUGGGAAAAUAAUUAUAAUCCAGGCUGUUGAUAUUUCUUCUUGGUCUGUCUUUUUUGAAAUGAUAACAUGA